UAGAUAAGAGUUGAAGACAAGUACACUCCAAGACCCAAGAAACAUGAAGACUGUGGCCCUUCUUUGUCUUUGCUUCGUAUGCCUCAGGCAUGUGAUCAGCCAAGAACAACAAAGAACGAAGGAAGGCUGCAACAUCAGUGACCUCCCCAUUGGCCACACAAAAUACGAACAAUUUUACAGUUUGGCAAACAGCUCUGUGGAAGAUGUGUAUGAAUAUCUUUGGUUGAAGAAUAAAGACAUUGCCAUAAACACACUCGAGGUGGACUUCCUGAGACAAAUGGAAAGAGGCAGUCUUCAGGCAGAGCGAUAUGUCAAGUUCACCAUACAAGACAUCAACUAUCUACUUAAAGUGACCGAUAUGUUGAAGGACAUGAGCAUAACAGUAAUGGAGCCUGAUGAUCUCAGGGACUUUAUGAAAAGCAGAUACUCAAGUUACAAACGUUUUGCAGACUCAAUGCUCAAUCAAUACUUUUUCAAGGGUGAGCCUGCCAUUCAGCAAACUCCAGCUAUGAAGACGUAUUUGUCAUUCUACAGAGAGCUGAUGAAAGGAGAUCCGUUGUACUUUGCUGUGGGUCUUCUGCCCUGCUCUAGACUCUGGGUGUGGCUGGCUAAUAAUCUGAACAUCCCUCCAACUAAUGCCUACUACACCUGGAUGUCAGAAAAUAGGGGUGGCCAUCCUGAGAAGUUCAAAGCUCUCCUGAACAAGUAUCUAAACACACCUGAAAAGGUGGUGAAGGCUAAUAAUGUCUUCCGUACACAAAUGCAAAAUGAGCAUGAUUUCUUCUUCACAUCUUGAUUGCUUG